CGCGUUUGUACGCGACUUCAACACGUCUUAUGCCAUAUCGUGGCGCGAAGCGCCCUGAAUACUCAAAUGGGGCUCCAUUCUUAACGUUCAACGCAGGACAACCUGCAGCUACUUUCGGCAAGCACCCUUUUUGCAACUUCCAGACCUUCACAACCCUAUACCCCUGAUUAUCGGAAAGUGCUUUCGGCUUGCAACUCUGCAUAUCUACACGUUGGAAGGAACCAUUCUAGUCAUGGCUCGAGCAACACUAGGAAAGAGAGCCCGCGGCAUUGAUGAAACUGAUAUGCCCUGCCCGGUGGCUACUCCUACGAAACGAAGUCGCCGCCUUGCAAAGACUGUUUCAUACAACGACGAGAACCAAAAUCCUGCAUACUCUCCCUUUGACGAUGAUGAAGAAGACGACAUAUUGGCUGAGCUCCCUGCUCGGAACCAAAAGUCUCCCUCACAAGCAUCCACAAAGCAGAAUCCUGUUACACCCUCGACACCCCGACAUCGAGAUGCACUUUCGGUGCCUCCUACUACGCCUCGGCAUGCUGUCAUGUCGGCAGGCAAACUCUUCAAGCGACUCACACCACAAACACCACUCUCACCAAGCACCAUUCAAACCAUUUACCAUUCAGCACGACAAUUGUUUGCCCGUGGAGCUGAGCCUGGCCAACUUAUCGGUCGGGAUGCGGAACGAAAUCAGUUAUUGGAAUUCCUCGGACGAUGCUCUUCCCCUACCCCCAACGGUUGCCUUUAUGUGAGCGGUCCGCCAGGCACGGGCAAAAGUGCCAUGAUUUCCGAGAUAAGUCGACAGUUUGUCAACCACAAAGGUGUCAUGUCUGCAUACGUCAACUGCAUGAGUGUCAAAUCUUCCAAAGAUCUCUACACCACACUUCUCGGCGCACUUGGCCAAGGUUUCGACUCUUCCGAAGCAGAUGCGAUUUCGAGCUUGCAAGCUAUGUUUGUGCCCAAGACGCAGUCGGCAACCGUCUAUCUUGUGACCCUGGAUGAGAUCGACCAUAUUUUAACGAUGGGCCUGGAAAGUCUGUAUCGCGUGUUUGAAUGGUCGCUACAAAGAAACUCAUGCCUGAUUCUUGUCGGUAUUGCCAACGCCCUAGACUUGACUGAUCGUUUCCUUCCUCGACUCAAGGCCAAGAACCUGAAGCCUGAUCUCCUGCCAUUCCUGCCCUAUACCGCAGCCCAGGUCAAGAACAUUAUCACCACGAGACUUAGGUCCCUGAUGCCGGCUGAUGGAAAGGAGGGUUACGUGCCAUUCAUUCACCCUGCUGCUAUUGAACUCUGCUCCCGCAAGGUUUCGAGUCAGACUGGGGACCUUCGCAAAGCCUUCGAGAUCUGUCGCCGUGCACUUGACUUAAUCGAGACCGAAACUCGUCAGAAGUACGAGGAAGAAGCGAGGGAAGAACUUCUGCAGAUGACCCCUUCGAAACGACCUCUUGGGGAAAACAUCAACGGCGCAUCCGGUGGCUCAAAGACCAUGUUUCAGUUAAUGGCGAAUUCUUUGAAGGCUCUUACAGCAGAAACUGCGCCCCGAGCAUCGAUUGGGCAUCUGAACAAAAUCACAGCAGCAGCUUUCAGCAACGGAACGACCCAACGACUCAAGGCACUUAACCUCCAGCAGAAGGCAGCACUCUGUGCCUUGAUAGCUUAUGAGAAACGAACUCGAGCUGCUGCUAAGAUGACCAACAACGGCGCCACACCUUCCAAGAAGAAGUUUUUGGCACCGACUAUCAAGACUUUAUUCGAUGCUUACUGUCAGCUCUGUACCCGCGAUUCGGUUCUGCACCCUUUAUCGAGUUCUGAAUUCCGCGAGGUUGCCGGCAGUCUUGAAACAUUGGGGUUAGUCAACGCAUCCGAUGGAAAGAGCGGAAGCCUUGCCGCACCACAAACACCCAGCAAGCGAGGUCGCAAGAUUCUUGCCGCAAGUGGAGAUGAGCGGAGAAUCACGAGCUGUGUUGCAGAAAAAGAGAUCGAAUCUGUCGCCGACGGCGCUGGCGCAGGCAUCCUAAAAAGCAUUUUGAGUGGAGAAGCAUUGGAUUAGACUGCCAAAAGCAUUCAACGGACAAGUAUCAUGGCAUAGCACUGAAUGGCGUUUUGGCUUGAGUUAUAAACGAUAGGUUAUUAUUGUCUUGUAUCAUACUGGGCCGGCGGUAACAUGGGUCUGGACGGGAUUCCAGAACUCUUUAGAUGGAUAAUGAUACCAAGUACCUAUGUAAUUGUAUUUGAGAUUUGUUUGAUUCGCAGGAUGGCGUUAAAGUUGACCGGGGUGGACGAACGGACUAGAAGUCAACAACGCAUGAUAACAUAGAACAAAAGAAUAAUUUGAAAGCCA